CUCAGACAAUCGUGAUUUUGUGAGACACCAGAGUGAUGUUAAAAUAACGUGGUGAAAUUACAGUUAUUGUUUACAGUCGUGCUGUGUGUGCUGCAGGCUGCGCAGGUCCACCCGUGCUGUGUUGCUCCGGUCAAAACUCCAGCUGUUCCAGAGGGUGUUUUUGUGAUGAGGCCUGCAUGGAGUUCAAUGACUGCUGUUCUGACUACGGGUCAAUCUGCUUACAAGUUUUGACCGCUGGGCAGCCAAGCACACCCAGCAUAACAAGCAGCAGUGCUACACCUACACCUGCAAAUGACAUCGCAACUACAUCAUCCACAGCCUUUUCAGCAACAUCUGCACUAUUGAAUGUGAGCACAACCUCGGCCCCCCUUGUGUCUGCUACGACAGCAACCAGCCAAACGAGCAGCAGCACUACAUCUACACCACUAGAUGGCGUCACAACUUCAGCAUCCCCAGGCACCACGGCAACAGGCUGCGCAGGUCCACCCGUGCUGUGUUGCUCCGGUCAAAACUCCAGCUGUUCCAGAGGGUGUUUUUGUGAUGAGGCCUGCAUGGAGUUCAAUGACUGCUGUUCUGACUACGGGUCAAUCUGCUUACAAGCCUUUUCUGCUACAUCUGCAGCGAUAGAUGCGCCUCCAUCUUCGUCAUCCGCAGUCUCUUCGACAACAGCACCCAGUACAGCAAGCGGCACCACUGCAUCAUCAGCUGUGAGCACAAACUCAGUGUCCACAGUGUUUGCUACGACAGCAACCAGCCAAAGAAGCAGCAGCACUACAUCUACACCACUAGAUGCCGUCACAACUUCAGCAUCCCCAGGCUCCACGGCGACAGCAGGUACAACACUGAUAGAAACCAGUGUAACUCUGCAUACCAGUAGUGUCACAUCUUCACCAGCAGGUGGCAGCACAUCUGGAGUCUCCACCAAAAACACUGAUUCCUCCACCAGCUCAGCUUCAGAUGCCCAAACAGUGACAGUUCGCCUAAAAUUUACUUUUUUAUCACGUCAUGAGAAAAAAGACGUCAUUUUUUAAAGGCUGUAUCUAAUUUUAUAUCCCAGACCCUUCUCCAUCAGAGCUGUGAGGGCUGCACUAUCACACACAUCAAACCCACCUGAGAAAUGACCCAUGAUUCAGCCAAUGGAGGCAACAGUGUGGCUGCAGCUGUACUCCAACAACAGGCUUCACAACUCUCAGAAACAACACAAUCGUCUCUUAAAACCGAAUAAGCUAUUAAAGAUGUAAUGCAAUGAUCAGUAAAGCCUUAGGUAAUAAACUGAUAUGACUCCACAUAUUUAUUCAGCACUAUCUAUUAAGAGCUGACUAUUAGAGCAGGCCGAGCAGCCAGAAACAGGUCGAGGCAGUGCUAUUUGGCUAGAUGGGGUCUGUAAGUGGUAUUCCCUCACUUCAAAGGAGGAGGAUGAGCCAAAAGUUUAAUUAUGCUGGCAGUGGCGGUUCUGGCCCAUUUAAACCACAUGAGCCAGUUAAAUUAACUCUGAAGCUAACAAUCAUUCAAGCAGCAGGGUGGUUCAGACGCCGAGUCAGCAGGUCAUCCCAAUAAGGUGGAAGGUAACACAAUGUGUUAACACAAAAAGUUAACAAAUUCAGAUUUGUAGUACCUCUCCAGUGUGGUGCAAUACAAUAAAAAGGACUGCAGCCCAGGAUUAUUUUCAUUAUCGGUUAAUCUGUGGAUUAUUUUCUCGUUUACUUGAUUGGUAAUUUGGUCCAAAAAGCCAAAGGUGACAUUCAAUACCCAAAUAUUCUGUUUAUUUUCAUACAAGACUCUGGAAAUAUUUAGAUUAGAGAAGCUGGAACCACAGAAUUUUGGCAUUUUGUCCUUUAAAAUAAUAUUCAAAACAUUUAAUUAUCAAAAUUGUUGACAAAUCACAAAAUAUUUAGGAUGAUAUUUAACGUUAGACAGCAGAUUUAAAAUAAUACUAAUAUCAGAGAUAUAUGAUUUACACGUUUUACUUUUCAGCAUACAAAUGUAUACUAUAAACCUUAUACUCUGACAAAGUUCGUAUCACAACUGAUUACUUAAAACACUGACUACUUAAAAAGUUUACGUUCACAUUAAAGGUCCAGUGUGUAGGAUUUAGAGCGAUAUAUGAAAAUGGAAUAUAAUAUUCAUAACUAUGUUUUCUUUCGUGUGUAAUCACCUGAAACUAAAAAUCUUUGUGUUUUCUUUUAAGGUUGUGCAAUUAAUCAUCUGGUGAUCGUGUUUACGAUUUUGACUUCAAACGAUUUCAAAAUUAAUGAAAUCUAGUUUAAUUUUCCAUCACGGACGCCUGGUGAUUUUAUUUUCUCAUCAACAAAAUAUCAAAAUAUCAACAACCACUGCCAGUUACAACUCCCACACUUCGAUGGUCAACUGUGACAGGCCCUAACAUCAAACUAAAAUCGUUGAGAACUUCUGAGGUUAUCAGAGAGUUUAUUUAAAAAGAUUGUUUACAACUGUAUUACCGACGUAGACCGAACUGCCUGCCGCUGCCAUCUUGGAAAGUCAAUACAAGUCAAUUGACAAGCGUGAUGUCACGUGAUCUGAAUCUUUGGAAGGUCUCCAGGUUGUCCUUUUUCAUGUUCUUCCCACCGGGAUAAGCACACACACGAACCAUUUUGUCUGUCUGUGAUGAUCCGUCCACUCGUCGCUCACCUGUCACUCGCACAAACUCUCAUCCAAUCUUGUUCGAGUUUGUCGAUCAACUUGUAUGGGCUUUCCAAGAUGGCGGCGAUGGUAUGUUGAAUUUUGGGCAAUAAAUAAUAAAUACAGCAUGUUUUCAAAGUCAAAACAUAAUCGUUUGCAUAAUCGUGAUUUCAAUUUUGACCAA